AUGAACAAGUGGGGUUAUAAUUCGGGAUUCAAGCGAGAGCCCUGUGUGGUCAAGAAGUAUUUGGAGGACGUGAAAGCCGCCGGCAACUCCAAGAUUGAGCCCGGUGCUUUGCUUCCACAUGAGAUCAUAGGCUACGUGAACGACGGGGAUGUCGGCCAAGUCGCUGAGAUUCAGUGGAAGGCAAUGGUAGAGCACAUCUACUUAAAGCAGGGCAAGUUCAAAAACUGCUUGCCUGUAUGUCAUAACUUCGGAGAACGGUUGGCGGCUUUGCAAAUACUGAUGUCCGAACUGAGUGAAGAGCCCUGGAAAGGAAAAUUGAUCAAUUUCAGUGAAAACCCUCAGCUAUAUUCAUUACAAGGCCUUGAUGAUCUUAAGUCCAAGGGUGAGCUUGUGAAGAGGAUGGACCAGGACUGGGAGGUUGAUAUGCACAAGGUGUUUGAUUUGAUUUUGGAGGUUGCCGUGAAGGGUCAUUUGAAGCCAGAGCAGAUGAUCAGGAGGGUGUUCGUGUUUGCCAGUGACAAAGGCUUUGAUGACGCUUUGGGCUAUGAUCGUUGCUGGAAGACUGAUUAUGAGGCGAUACAGCGAAAGUUCAAGGACAAUGGGUAUGGUGAUGUGGUGCCACAGAUUGUGUUUUGGAAUGUGAGCAAUGUUAACCCUACUUCCGUGCGUUCUAUACAACAAGGGGUGGCGAUGUUGAGCGGCUUCAACACAAAUUUGAUCAAGUCCUUUUUGGACAAUGACGGAGAAAUUGGCCCGGACCAUGUCAUGGAAGCAGCCAUCUCAGACCCAGAGUAUCAAAAUCUAGUAGUAGUGGACUGA